GAUCAACAUCACAAUGGGAUAAGGAAGUUAUUCCCCAUUGAGGGAGCAAACCAACCAAAACUAAUAUGCCCUAACUAACAAAAGUUUGCAACAAUAAUUUUACUCACCUUCCAUUCCAUGUAAAAGCCAAAACUUGCUUUUCUCCCCCAUAUUUUCUCCUUCCUCUCAAGAUAACUACCACAACAGAGAAAAGUAAGCAAACCCAACUAACACAAAAUUACAAAACUGAAGGUUCCAAUAUAUGAACAAAUUCACUUUCUUCUUCCGUCUCUCUCUCUGUCCCCACGCGCAACCCACCUCACUCGCUCUCCUCUCCUUCCUCGCAGUGCCGGACAGUUCAGAAUACUACUAGUCCUCCACAUUCGCCAUUUGGGUUUCCAAAUCCCAUCCCAAAUGUACCCAAAAGCAGCCAUCUUUUAAAAGCUCUGGGUCUGCUUCCCUUUUUCCUCCAAUGGCUUCCGGGUGAAUGGAUCUUCCCCUUUCUUCUCGGCCGAAAGCAAAAAGGAAAUGUAAUAUAUUGGUGUUUGUUUUCUACCAUUAUUCUUUGCUUCCAUUCUUGGGUCGAUGCAUUUCUUACUUGCUCACCAUUUUCCCCCAUCUUUACAUUUUUCCAUUGGAUUUCCCCCCACAGAUUCGCUUGCUCUCUACUUGGUCAGCUCAAGUCACUAGCACUUCCAUUUACCACUUGGAUCCCCUCCUCUUACUCUGGUAAUUUACCGUUUCUGGUCUGUCUUUUGGGUGCUUGGUAGUUGCAUGAUUGGCCAUUUGGGAGCUCCUUAGAGCAAAUGGUUCUGAUUAUUAAUGGUGUUUGCUCUCGAAUGGGAAGUUCAUUUAUUUCAGUUUGCUAUCUAGUGUGGCCAAACUGGGAACGGGGUGAGAUUUGCAUCUUCCUUUUCAUUAUUAGCUUUCACCACCUCCCUGCUUCAGCUGUAGUUCUUGCAGUUAGUUAGAGAUUUGUGAUUUUUCUUAAGGUGAAAGCUUCAGUUUUGCUCUUUAGUUUUGUCCUUUAUUGCGUUUCAAACUUGGUCCUUUGAGUGCAAAUCACGCCUUCAAAAUGGCUGAUAUGUUAAGUUAGUUUGAUCAAGUGGGUGUUAAUUAGUUAUUUGGUGAGAUGAAAAUGGUUCAUCAGUUUGAUUUUCCACUAUUUCUUUGAAUUAAGUAUAGUCACUGCUGUAGUGAGUUUGAGUUGCCUGAACAUUUUGCUUGCUUGAGAACGAGGGAGUUUUGUGAAUGGAUGGAGCAGGUUGAUCUCGCUUUGGAAAAAUGAGGAUGGUGGAGCUUUUUUGUACAGUACUAGUUCUUCUACUAUCACUCUUGAUAAAUGGGGAAGCUGAGGUUUACAUGGUGAUGAUGGAGGAAGAGCCAGUCAUAAGUUAUAGAGGAGGCAUUCCCGGGUUUGAGGCAACUGCUGUGGAAUCCGAUGAAAAGAUUGACACAACUAGUGAGGUGGUUACAUCAUAUGCGAAGCACCUUGAGAAGAAGCACGAUAUGCUUCUCGAUAUGUUGUUUGAUAGUGGAACAUAUCAGAAACUUUAUAGCUACCGGCAUCUUAUCAAUGGCUUCUCGGUUCAUAUGCCACCUGAACAGGUAGAAACCUUAAGGCGUGCUCCUGGCGUGAUAUCGGUGGAGAGAGAUUGGAAAGUUCAUAGACUCACAACACAUACACCACAGUUUUUGGGCCUUCCUACUGGAGUUUGGCCAACAGGGGGUGGCUUUGACAGAGCUGGGGAAGACAUUGUGAUUGGCUUUGUGGACUCCGGGAUUUAUCCUCAUCACCCGAGCUUUUCAACUCACCACGCUGAUCCAUAUAGACCACUACCAAAGUACAAGGGGAAAUGUGAGAUUGAUCCACAGACUAAGAGCGAAUUCUGCAAUGGAAAGAUUAUCGGAGCCCAACAUUUUGCUGAAGCUGCCAAAGCUGCUGGUGUCUUCAAUCCUGCUAUCGAUUUCGCAUCACCCCUGGAUGGUGAUGGGCAUGGAAGUCACAUAGCAGCCAUUGCAGCGGGAAACAAUGGCAUUCCCGUGAGAAUGCACGGUCAUGAGUUUGGAAAAGCAAGUGGGAUGGCUCCUCGCGCUAGAAUCGCCGUGUACAAAGCUCUGUACCGGCUCUUUGGAGGGUUCAUUGCUGAUGUAGUGGCCGCAAUUGAUCAGGCUGUCUAUGAUGGAGUGGAUAUACUCAGCCUUUCUUUAGGUCCCAACAGUCCUCCAGCAACAACCAAGACGACGUAUCUAAAUCCCUUCGAUGCUACCCUUUUGGCAGCUGUUAAAGCUGGUGUGUUUGUUGCUCAAGCGGCAGGAAAUGGAGGUCCAUUUCCGAAAACGCUGGUCUCGUAUAGCCCUUGGAUAACAUCUGUAGCAGCUGCCAUUGAUGACAGGAGAUACAAGAACCACCUUACUCUUGGAAAUGGGAAAAUCUUGCCUGGACUUGGUUUGUCACCCUCGACGCGACUGAACCAGACAUAUCCUCUAGUUUUUGCCAAUGAUGUCUUGCUAGGCGCUUCAGUGUUGAGGUACAAUCCUUCAGAUUGCCAGAGACCCGAGUUGCUGAACAAGAAGUUGGUUGAAGGGAAAAUCCUACUGUGUGGCUAUUCCUUCAGCUUUGUUUCUGGCACAGCAUCAAUCAAAAAGGUCGCCGAGACUGCCAAGAAACUCGGGGCAGCUGGAUUUGUUCUUGCUGUGGAAAACAGUACUCCAGGAGCAAAGUAUGAUCCCAUUCCUGUUUGCACCCCUGGGAUUGUCAUCACGGAUGCAACCAAAUCUGCGGAUCUAAUUGAUUACUACAACAUAUCUACACCAAGAGACUGGACUGGCAGAGUGAAGAGCUUCAAUGCCAUUGGAAGCAUUGGAGAUGGGUUGAUGCCUAUACUUCACAAAUCGGCUCCCCAGGUUGCAUUGUUCUCUGCUCGAGGGCCCAACAUCAAAGAUUUCAGCUUUGGAGAUGCUGAUCUUCUGAAGCCAGACAUCUUAGCUCCCGGGUCUCUUAUUUGGGCUGCUUGGUCACCUAAUGGAACAGAUGAAGCAAAUUUUAUGGGAGAAGGGUUUGCAAUGAUGUCUGGAACUAGCAUGGCUGCACCACAUAUAGCUGGAAUAGCUGCUCUCGUAAAGCAGAAACACCCCGAGUGGAGCCCAGCUGCGAUUAAGUCAGCCCUAAUGACGACAUCCACAGAGAUGGACCGAGCAGGAAGGCCUCUUCAAGCACAGCAGUACUCAGAAACAGAAGCCAUGAAGCUUGGUCGUGCCACCCCUUUCGACUACGGAAGUGGUCAUGUGAAUCCAAGGGCUGCUCUCGAUCCCGGGCUCGUCUUUGAUGCAGGGUACACGGAUUACUUGGGGUUCUUGUGCACGACGCCUGGGAUCAACGCCCACGAGAUACGAAACUUCACGAACAUGCGCUGCAACUACACCAUGGGCCACCCUUCGAACCUCAACUCGCCAUCGAUCACAGUGGCCCGCCUAGUGAAGACCUUCACCGUGACUCGCACAGUUACGAAUGUAGCCGAUGAGGAAGAGACCUACGUGAUCACCGCGAGAAUGGAGCCAGCGAUCGCCAUCGAGGUGAAGCCUUCGGCCAUGACUCUGAGGCCUGGUGCAUCGAGGAAGUUGACCGUUAGCUUAACCGUUCGAUCAGUGACUGGAGGGUACAGUUUUGGGAAGGUGACGAUGAAGGGCAGCCGCGGCCAUAGAGUGAGAAUCCCAGUUGUAGCAAUGGGAUACUGGCGAUAGAAUAAAGGGAAAUGCGAAUUUGGUUGGUUAGUGAUCUAUGAAUCAGAUUUCAGUGUUCUUAAAUCUUAAUUAUGGUCUGGCUAGGUUGGGGGUUGAGAUGAUAUAAUUCUUUUGUAUGUUGUACCAUCCGGUAAUAAUAGAGAAUAAGAGUGAGUUAGUUAGGAAGAUGUUUAUAUAUCAAGUACCAUAUUAUCAUUUAUUAUGCUAUUACCAGUACUUAUGCUGGGGGGGCUAGAUGUAAACAAAACUGUUCACCUUUAAGUUUUUAUGAUAGUAUCAUAGUAGAAUCGAAGUAAUUAGAUUUAACAGUAGAAUUUCCCACUUGAGUAUCAAAAUUUUAACCAGAAUAGUAUUUUAACAAAUGUACAAGUUUGAA